AAAUGAAAUAAAUUCCCUGUUUGAAACAUGAUUUAUCAUAUUUGCUAUUUAUAAAACAAGAUAAGAAUGAGGCAAAGUAUAUUUGUGAGUAAUGUUUGCUGGAAUUGAAUGAAUAAUACAUUUAAUUUGAAUGGUAAAAGGUAAUUGUUAUCAAUAAAGUACAAUUUCUUAAUAUUAUAUGAAAGGCACUACAAUCACCAGAACAUUUAAUUUCAAAACUGGGUCUGUCCACUUCCAUUUAAGGUUUUUUCAACGAUUUAGAUAAAUAUGAUGAUAAAACCAUGAAUAGUGAUCUAAUAAAUUUCUAGACUUAAUUUUAACAAAUAGAAAACACCCUAAAAGCAGUUUAUAAAGAAUUAGAAUAGCAUGCAAAAGGUAUUCUAAAUAUGAAAUAGAAAAUUAGGGAUGAAUUAAAGAAAGUAAUUAUUUUAUCAAUAAUAGAUAAUAAAAUUUGAUUAGUUUUAAUAAUUUGCAGUUAAUCUAGAAUAAUUAGGAGACUCGAUUAAUUAAUAAGCAAUUGAAUAAAAUGAAAAGAUUCUGCAUUAGUAUUUUUAAGAACUUACAAAAAAUAGUUGUUAAGAACUAAAUUAAAAAUUGAUUGAUAUGCUUGAUAGAUUUAAACAAGAACGAAAAGAUUCAUAUGAAGAGUAAUAUCCUUAAUUUAAAAAAGUAGAAGAUUAAUUUAAAUCUUUUAUCCUUCAUUAAUAAAGUUUUGCUUAACACAUUAAGUUAAAAUAUUGUGGUUAAAUUUGUACAAAAUAUGAUGGAAAGUUAAUUUCAUAUUCUUAACUAUAAAAGAUAAUUAAUAUGAUUUAAUCUAAAUUGAAUAAAAACAUAAGAAACUUUUCACAAAUAUAUUUGGGAUCUAGAGAUGGAUUGUCUGGAUAAGCUUUUUGGAAUAAAGUAAAUGAUAAGUCAGAUUUAUUAAUGAUAUUCAAAUCUAAAAGUGGUAAUAUUUGUGGUGGGUUUUCACCUUGUAAAUGGCAAUUUAAUUAAGGUUACCUUUAAGAUAAUACAUUGUCAUCAUUUUUAUUUUCCUAGACUCAAGAUUAAAUAUAUCCUUUAAAAGAAGCAAAUAAAGCACAGGCUAUCUAUAGUCAUUAAUCAUAUGGGCCUAUUUUUGGAGGUGGUCACGAUAUAUAUAUUGAUGUUACUUUUCAAGGUCAUUCUUCUAAUUUGGGGCAUUCAUAUUAAUGUGAUUAAUAUUAGAAUAUUACUAACAGCACUCAUUUAUUUGGUUAAGCAACUCCAAAUAUAGCAGAAUGUGAGAUUUAUUAAGUAAUAUUUUUUUGA